AAAGAUAAGCGUUCGGUUGAAGAACACGCCUGAUUGCGUUAGUGUACCUGAAAUUGCCUUUAUUCAAAGUGUUUUAUUCAAAACAGAAUAAAGAAGUGAUCAAAUUAUUCAAAAUGGCUCAAAAGAAAUCGAUUUGGUUUUACCUUGCUGUUAUUUUGGUUGUUUUAAGUACCCUGACACAAGAAACAGAAGCUAGGAGAAAAAUUCUGAGGGGAAGAAGAGUUAUGACGCGCACUUAUUAUCAUGGCAAUGCAGUACCUGCUUGGGCUAUAAGCUUGAUGUCUGGUAUAGGAAUGUUGAUCGUCGGCGGUAUUGUAUAUGUAGUAAUGAGAAAAGUUAUUAUAUCCCCAGAAAUAGUGGACAUACAAAGUUUAGAGCAUGGAUAUCAACGAACAGCGACAAGCGAUCCAACACGAUAAAUCUUAUAAUGGCUAUCCAUUUUUUAGCAGAACAGUUAUAUUUAGAAAUAACUAAAUUCUGUAAUGCCUAUUAUUUUCAACUAAACAUUUAGCAUAAGUAUAAAUUUUGUUACAAAAUAUUGCGAGGUAGGUACAUGUUACAUGUACGUGGUGCAACCACCGAAAAAACUAUUGCUGUUAUCAAUUGUAAUUAUAUACAUGUUGUUUGUCCUAUACAUUUAAUAGUGUUUUUAUUUUAUUUUUCUAACAAAUAAUUUUAUUCAUGUUUUACUUAUAAUAUGUAAUAAAAAAAUAUUAUAUAA